UGAUCUUUCUCUCUCUAAGGCCCGAGAUUUGCAGACCGAAAAUAAUUUGAUCGCACUUUGCUAUACUCCGCAAUGAUGACUUCCGUAAAACAGUGUCUUUCUGUAUUCAUCUAGGAAUAGAAGAUGUGGGCAGUACGCAUAUAAAAGGAGCCUGUAUUCCUGCUUCAAAGGAACACCACACAGCAGUCAAUCAUUACACUCUUUACUACUACAGUCUUUACACUCUUUUACAACAAUACAUCACACUCUUUACAAGAAACUCACUCUUCAACCCACCAACAACAAGCCAAUAUGCAGUUCUCUCAGUCUCUUCUCGUUGCUCUCUUCGCGUCCAGCGCCCUUGGCCUCGCAAUUCCUCCCACAAAGUCCGUCGCUGCCCCUGAGGCUAUUGCACCCGCUGAGGUUGCAGCUCCCACUGAAUCUGCUUCUUUGGGUAAGGCUGCUCCUCCUGUUGAUGCUGGUCUUACCGCUGAAGAUCCUCUUUCCACUGAAGAGACUAUUCCCACCGAGGCUGCUCCUCCUGCUAAAGCUGGUCGUCCUGCCACAAUUGCUCCCCCUGCUGAGUCAGGUCUUCCUGCUGUAGAUGAUCUUUCCGCCGAGGAUUCGCUUGAAGAUCCUCUUUCCACUGAAGAGACUCUUCCCACCGAAGCUGCUCCUCCUACUAAGUCACGUCUUCCUGCUAAAGAUCCUCUUUCCGCUGCAGAGCCUCUUGCUGAUGAAGAGCCUGUUGCCGAUGAAGAGCCUCUUGCUGAUGGAGAGCCUCUUGCUGAUGAGGAGCCUCUUCCUACUGAGCCCACUGGUCUCGCUCGUCCCGCUCGUCCCGCUGGUGCCGCUGGCCUCGCUGAGCCCGCCGACCUCGCUGAUCCCGCUGAUCUCGCUGGGCCCACUGAUCCCGCUGAUCUCACUGAGCCCACUGAGCCCGCUGAGCCGGCCGCGCCCGCUCUUCCCCGACCUUCGCGCGGUGCCACCCGUGCUAGUGUUGCUGUCUAAUGCCAACAUUGGGUUCCAUUGGAAGUAAAGCAUCCGCCUGCUAGGGCAUGGAUGCCUUAUGCUGUAUCGACGAAGCAAUGGUCGUUUUCAAUUUGAGGAGGAGUGAGGGGAUGGGGAUGUCACGAGGUGCAAACCCGGGAUAUAUUGAACAGGAUAAUCUAGUUUAUAAAGCAAGGGCGUUGGCAACUUGGUAGUGGCACUUUAUUGUUUUUGGGUUCUGAGCUUGGG